GACCGGAGGCGGGGAGGAGCGGGGAAGGGUGGGCUGCUCCCGCUGUCAUCCAGUCGGCGCAGGCGCACUGGGGCCGGCUAUUGUGUUAACCAUUAUUGUAGCGAAGCGGACGGGCUGCUGCCGGCCUCCUGUUCCCUCAACGCCCCGCAGUCCCGGGCCGGAGCCCCUCCAGCCCCGCUGAGUCCAGCGCAGGCAGGCAGGCAGGCAGGCAGGCAAGAUGCCGGUGAGAGACCGCGCUCCCCCUUUCCCUUCCCCGCCGCCUCGGCCCCUUCCCCGCCCUCCCUGCUUCCCUGCGCGCUGCGGGUCCGUUGCUAGGGGCGGCGCUGGCGGAGAGCGAGGCUGGGCGCCGGCGGGUGAAGGGCCGGUAGGGCGGCGGGCUGCAGGGCUUCUGCGGGGGGCGGGCGGUUCUGCAGGCUUAUGGGUCGGGGGCGGCGGCUUCGCAUGCAUUAAACGUGUAGUUGUUGCUGCUGCUGCUGCUGUUAAUAAUGUGCACCUUACAGGAGUCAAUAACAUCUACCUCACCUAUUCUAUUAUUAUCUACCUUAUGUGUAAUAUCUACCUUACAGCGGAUUUUUUAAAAAGAAAAAGCCACCUACAGAACCGAUUGGAAAAUUCUCUGUAAAAGCAUGUGGGCUGUUGUGAAUAUUAUAUAUGUAUGUGUGUUUGUGUAUACAUGCAUACAUAUACAGUGCUUUUUUCUGGGGGGACGCAGGAGGACGCAUACCCUUAAACAUUUUGUGAAUCUUUGUACUUUUGUCCGUUUACUGUAUUUAUUUUCCCCGAUGUGAACGAUGAAAUGGGGAUAUUCUUGAAUCAAAAUGAGAGUACCCCUAAACAUUUUUUAAGGAAAAAAACCACCACACACACAAAUAUAUAUAUAUAGCGCCCUGGGGAGAUGACUUAGAUGCUGCUAACGCAGCCGUUUGACAUCACAUUAUUGAUGUCUCUCAAGACAGAUGGAUACCAACCAUGUAUGUAUGUAUGUAUGUAUACUGGUCAUUGGGCCUGGGCCCUGAAGGCAGCUCUCAAAAGUGAGAUCCCUGCAGUAUGAAGCCGAAUGAAAAUCCAGAAUGAAAUCAUCAUGCGAUUACUUGUUGUGAUGCUGUGGAUAGAUGUACCUCGCUGAGCAGGGCCUUCCCUGAAGGCAGUUUUCAAUACAAGGCUUUUGCGGAUUGUGGCCAUGUUUAAAUAUGCAAUAAAAUCAUGUGAUUAUUUAUUGUGAUGUUGUGGGUAUAUGCCAUACUGGGCAGGGACCCUUGAAAGGCAGCUUUCAAAAUGAAAUCCACAAUAAAAUUGUGUGAUGUCAUAUGGUGAUCACUGUCAAUGCCUUCAGCCUUAAGGCAGAGUAAGUUUUGGUAUUUACAUUGGUGACUGGGUUGUUAUCCUGUGUUGAAUGGUAAGCCCUGACUCAGUUUUGUAUGUUGGGGAUGUCUGUGGAAUAAGUGUUUUCUGGGAAAUGUGAUUGCAAAAAUAAAAGUAAAAUAUAUUUAAAAGAUAAUCCCAGAAAUCAAAUUUAGCCUGUAAAAGUCAUUGAAAUCUCCUCAGGUCGACUUAGUAUGGCAUAUGUUAAUAUUGCUUGCAAAAUAUGUUUGCAUGCAUAAGGAUAUCAUGCCUUAUACCUACCUCAGUGCUGUGAACCUUCACUGAGGCUGUUUAUUUGCUUUUUUUUUUGAAGCAAAACCAACAUUUUUUCCUGUUGUUACAGAUGUCACAAUGUAUGUGUAGUUGAACUUAGCGCUGAGUCAGAGCCUUUUAAUGCAUUCUGUUGUAUCUAUGUAAAAGCCUUUGGAUGUGUUUGUGAUUUCCUUGCUGUGAAGUCAUAUGCAUCCUCUGUAAAGCUGUAGCAACUUUAUUAAACGUGUAUGCUGUUCUACAGCAAGACUUCCUAGGCAAUUUAGCGUGAAAGUCUAGACAUCAGAGUUGUCUCAAAAUUGGUUAAACUGUGGCUCUCCAGGUGUUGCUGUCUUUUAAUCCCCCAUCAUCCAAUGGGGGUUAUCACCAUCCUAACAAUAGUGACUGGAUUUGAUGUGAAUUGUAUUUAGCAACAUUUGGGUGGAGUGUGGGUUUCGACUGCUGAUAAGUAGGAGUGGUCAAAGGGUUUACGAAUGCACACACACACACACACACGGAAUUUUGCAGGACCCUCCCAGAUGGCACCCACCAAAGGAGCAGAUGAAAAACCUUGCCAAAAGCUGCUAUUGCUUUUCAUAGAAGAACCAUUUGCCUAUGUCUUUGCUGAGAUUUAUGAUUCUGAGAUAUGUAAUACAGAGAACCAGGCCUUUGGCUGGUUGACAUCUGAUGCCCUUUUGAAGGGGGGGGGUGUUAUUGGAUUGUCUUUGUUUUUGUUUUUAUUAUGUAUUUUGUGUUUUUUAUAUUGUAAUUUUUUGUUGUGAGCCACCUGAGAUCUACAGGUAUAGGGUGGUAUACAAUUAAUAAUUUAAACAAUACAUCUUGGUGGAGGAUGACAUGGAGGCUAAGGCUUCAGUCUUAAGUCCACUUACAUGGGAGUAAACCCUAUUGAAUCAAUAGGACUGACUUCUAAGUAGAUAUGGUUAGGAUUGUACUGUUGGUGCUUAAAUUGUCCACAUAAAGGUAAAGGGACCCCUGACCAUUAGGUCCAGUCGUGACCGACUCUGGGGCUGCGGCGCUCAUCUCGCUCUAUAGGUCGAGGGAGCCGGUGUACAGCUUCCAGUUCAUGUGGCCAGCAUGACUAAGCUGCUUCUGGCGAACCAGAGCAGCGCACAGAAACGCCGUUUUCCUUCCUGCCGGAGCAGUACCUAUUUAUCUACUUGCACUUUGAUGUGCUUUUGAACUGUUAGGUUGGCAGGAGCAGGGACUGAGCAAUGGGAGCUCACCCCGUUGCGGGGAUUCGAACCGCCAACCUUCUGAUCAGCAAGUCCUAGGCUUUGUGGUUUAACCCACAGCGCCACCUGUGUCCCAAAUUGCCCAUAUACCACCUUGUGUAAAUGCAUCUCUGACUUCGAAUUGUAGAAUUGAAAGGAGUGUUGCAGGUUAUCUAGCCCAACCACUAAGCUUGCUGCAAGAAAUCCAGAACUAGGUCAUCCCCAACAAGUUGCUGUUCAGCCUCUUGCUUGAAAAGGCAAGCAAGCAAGACCCCAACCCUAUUCUGGGCAAUUGGUGCUAAUGUCAAAUUGUUCAAGCAGUUCUGCUAGUGUUCAACUAUAAGCCCAUUUGAGCUAGUGUCUGUGGCAGCAGAUAACAAGUCUUUGCCCUCUUCUGUGUGAUAGCCCUUCAGUUUUUUGAAGAGUAUAUAGUCCCCAUCAGUUUUUCUUUUCUUUUCCAGGCUAAAUAUACCCAGUUCCUUCAGUCUUUCCUCAUAAGACCAUCUUUGUUGUUCAGUCUUUCCUCCUGACCGUCUUUGUUGCCUUGCUUUGAACCCAUAUUUCAGUUUGUGCCCUUCUUUAAGCAUAGCACUCAGAACUGGACAUGGUACAGUAUUCCAAAUGAAGUUGGACCAAUUAAUGGAGUUUAAAAUCACAUUUGCCUUGUUUGCAGCUACAUUACACUACUGACUCAUGUUCAGUUUGUAACCAGCUACAGUCCUGAGAUCAUUUUCACCUGAACUGCUGCCAGCGCAAAUAUCUUUCAUCUGAGACCUGUGUAUUCGAUUUUUUAAUUUUCUUUUCACUUUUGCAUAAAUGCAGAACUUCACAGUUUUAUUUUGUUAGCUUUUUGUUUUAAAUUGUUUUGUUUUACAAACAUGUAUAUCAAAGAAUAUUGAUACUGACAAUGUUCUUUCAGUGCAUGGUAUUUAUAAUACGGUUCACCUAGAACAAAACAUCUCAGUGUAAAUCUUUUACUUGGCAAAUGUAACACAUUUAAAUAUGGUGUAAACCCUUUUGAAAUUUGGGGAUUUUACAAAAAAAUCUGCAGUGCAGUUUGACUUACUUUUGAAACAUGUAUGCUGCAAUCCAAAGAGAUAUUGGUGCGCCAAUAUUCUGACGUCACCCUCUUUUUUUAGUCUGUUGAUGUUUUCUUUCUCUUUGGAGAAUCUGGGGAAACAUCUUUGAACUCAGGGAAGUUUGGGAAAGGGCCUAUAGUCCCGCUCACCAUGGCAAGUACAAUAAGUUCCAGCCUUCCCCCUAACUUAGCUGGAAAUGAUCCCUAACGUUGUGCUUUGAAGGUGCUUGGAAGGCUUUGGAGAUACUGUGCAAGUGCGCAACAAGUGUGGGGAUGAUGAUCCUCUGCCUCAAUUCCAAGGUUGGGACAAAGGUUCAGGCCCUGAUCUUGGAGCACUGAAACAAGCCCCAGACCAGGAGAGGGAUGAAUAAUUUCUUCCAGUGGUACAGGGUACCUCUUAAUCUGCUGGGUAAAUGCAGAGGUAAUCCCUCCUCCCUCCCCUGCCUUUUUUUUUAUUUUAAUCUUAUAUCUCGAGAAUAAAAGUCUACAAGCAUCUAAAACAAGCAUCUACAAUAAAUUUAAGCAAAGGUCAGUUUUUCAGUUUCUUGUAGACCUUUCUCCAAGCUUAGAGCUGAUACGGGAAGCAUGGGAGAGCCUUUGAAGGUGUGGUGAAGUCAGGGUCAAGUCCUUUCCUCACAACCACUUUGGGUACAGGGCAGAGGCAGCCAUAAAUUUUGAGCAGGUACCAAGGCACACAAAAAAGUUGAAGGGCCUUGAAUUUGAGGGUUCAGUGUAACAGUAUGCCGUUUCUCUGCCAUCAGAAGUAGUUGUUAUCUAGUAGGUGGUGAUUACAGAUCACUUCUUUGCUUUACAGCUUUGCUUCUUUCAUGAAUUAUAAUUGGUUAUUUUCUUUCUUUAUGUAGAUUAACAAAUCUGAGAAGUCGGACAAUUCUGAUAAUGUUAAGGUUGUUGUUCGCUGCCGGCCUUUCAAUGAACGGGAGAAAGCAAUGUGUUACAAGAUGGCAGUUAAUGUCGACGAAAUGCGAGGCACUAUUACUGUCCAUAAAACAGAUUCUUCCAAUGAACCUCCCAAGACAUUUACAUUUGAUACCGUUUUUGGACCAGAGAGCAAACAACUUGAUGUUUAUAAUUUAACGGCAAGGCCAAUUAUUGACUCUGUUCUAGAAGGUUAUAAUGGUAAGUGCUUCUUUGUUGCAUAAAAAUGAUGGUAUGAGCUGACCCUUGCUUUAUUAAGAAUUGCAAAUAUCCCGUGUUGUUUGCACCUACUGUUCUGCUUAAUUACAGAACGCCAACUGUUCAUAAAGUGUUCUGCUUCUGAAAAGUGCCUCUGUUUUUCUAAUUGCUAACAUAAUCAUCAACAACAUUUUACUGUGAUUAAGGCCUGUUCACACACUUACAUAAUAUUCAUCCUUCUGCAUUAUAAUCUCCCAAGUCCUCUUAGAAUCAUAUCUGGUCCCCAUCAGACAACAUGUAGAGUUCCUCUCCUUGUUGCAGAGGCAACUUUUGUUUAGAGAAAUAGUUGUGUCCAGGGAUAGCCAACAUGGUACCUUCCAGAUACAGUUGGACUACCAACACCCACCAGCCAGUUCAGACCUUGGGCUCUAUUGCACUCCUCUUUCCCCUUUCUUCUUUCAGUGAUGCUGCAAGGAGGAGACUGGCAGGGUCUGCUUCCUGUUAACAGCAACUGCAUCCCGCUCACAGUAAAAAGUCAGGAUCAUGAAACACAGGUCCUAGCUUUGUCCAAUAAGCCAUAGUUUAAACGAAACUACUAAUAUUCCCGCAGCUGCAUUAAAGGAAGAGAUGGGCAAGGUCAAAGUUUUAGCAAGCUCAUUGACAUAGCACUGAACCAUAGUUUAGCAUUGUGUCCAUGCUAGGACACGACACCAUCCCUGACUUUUCACUUGCUGUUUCCCCAAUUCCUGUUAUAGACCUGUUCUCACAUUAUGUAUAUAUGUAUGUAUGUAUGAAUGAAUUUGGAUACAUAUACUCAAGUCCCCCACCACCUUCUGGUGCGUAAGUUGCAUUCAUAUAGAAACCUUGAAGUUUUGUUUUGUUUUUAAGGCAAGAGAGAGAGACCUAAUUAUGGGACCAUGCACCCUUCAUAGUAAAUGGGGAAGGCGUGUAUUUUGCACUUAGUACUGUAAUGUGUAUCCUGCUAUGACAAGUAAGGUGAAUUUUGGGCCUGUGUUAGAAUUAGAGGAGGGUGUUACUGAACUUGUACAUGAAGGCUGCUAGCUAAUACUGCUGAGAAAAAAAUCCAUUACAAAUCAGUUUUAAUGGGUUUCCCCUUCUGUGCUUGUCCUAGUGAUACAUGCUUUCUUGAUAAGUAACAAUUUUCUUCCACAGUCUAGUGAAACUAACCAGAGGUAAUGUUAAAUGUCAAUCCUCAAUUUAAAUGAAAUAUGAAGAGAUGGUUUAGUGAAGGCAAAACUAAGGAGGUGGGAGUGUGUUAGGUUCGCUGUGGCUGGUGCACGUCGUGCUAAGCUAAACCAUGAUUAUUAUUAUUUCAUACCCAACCAUUGCUAUUUACAUUGUAUUGUCUUAAUAGUGCUGGUGGUGUCCAAGAAAGGAUUAACAACUUCUCUGCCCUAUAUUGCAGGCACCAUUUUUGCUUAUGGACAAACUGGAACAGGGAAAACAUUUACUAUGGAAGGUGUCCGGGCUGUUCCAGAACUCAGGGGGAUCAUUCCAAAUUCUUUUGCUCAUAUUUUUGGCCACAUUGCAAAGGCAGAAGGUGAUACAAGGUAAAUCACUUAAUUGCUUUCCUCACCCCCAAACCCUAAAACACCAGUGCUGGGUGAGGCCAAUGGCCAAAACUAAUCCAGCAACCUGUUUCAACACAUUCUCAGCUGGAUGCUUCCUGGAAGCCCACAAUCAAGGCAGUCUGUUGCAUUUCCCCUUCAUCUGGUAUUUAGGGUGUUAGGUUAGACUGAGGUUUGGAUUACUUGUGAACAUGGAGGUUGCAGUUUAGCUAUUUGUGCUAUUAUGUCUACCCAAAACCAUCCUCCAUGAAUUUGUCUGAUUUCCUACUAAAGCCACUGGUCAUGGUCACAUCCUGUGACGGUGAAUUUCACCAGUAUGUGUUAUACAAAGAAAUAUCCUUUGUAUGUGCUGGAUCUACUGUUUCUCAGUUUCAUUACAUGAUCACAUUCUAAUGUGAGGAUGAUCAUUUUCUCUCUCUGUGACAUCAUUGUUUUGUAAUCUUGCAUCAUGUUCCCACUUUGGCUGCAUCUUGUCCCCCAAAGUCAAAAGUCAAAAAUGCUUUCACAUUUUCUUACAAGAAACAUGCUCCAACCUCCUGAUUGAAAUAAGAUCCCUUCAUUAUUAGUUUUACAUCAAUCUGGUGUUUUGUAUAUUUGCUUGUAAGAUCAAAUUAAUUCUGAAUAUGUUCUUUUUUCUGGGUGCAUUAAACUUCAGGUUUUUGGUCAGAGUCUCUUACUUGGAAAUCUACAAUGAGGAAGUGCGAGACCUGCUGGGGAAGGAUCAGACACAGAGGCUGGAAGUAAGCACCAAUAACUUUUAAACUAGUGAGCAAAGGGAAUAGUAUAACAAAAUUACUAAUGGGCAAAUACAAAGUGUUGUAUCCAAAUGUCACUCCAUUCAUCAGAAAACUCUUCACCCCAGCAACAGCUUCUGUGAAUGAAAGAGUGAAGGAAAUUAUGUUUUGCAAAUUCUCACUUUCUUCUUCACCCUCUCUCAUGGUGUUCCAAAAAUUCCUUAACCCUCUGGAAUUUAUUUGGUGAAAAGUAAGUGAAAAUUGCCUCCCCCCCCCCUCCACCUUCCAUUCACAGAAGCUUCCACUCAGAGUCUCUUCUGUGAGCAGAGGGACACAGAGCAGUAUUUCUUUAAAGGCUGUUUUUAGGCACUUUCCCAAAAUGGCUGCCUGAUUUGUCUUAUAGGUUAAAGAACGACCUGAUGUGGGAGUCUAUAUCAAAGAUCUUUCAGCUUAUGUUGUAAACAAUGCGGAUGACAUGGACAGAAUUAUGACACUUGGUCACAAAAACCGUAAGUUGCACAUAGCCACCUAGCUGUUCUUGCCUCCGUUAUGUGUGGUCGACACAUUAUGUCUCUGAGGUGGGCAGGGCUGCAAGUUCCAUUGCACAGUCAGAAAUCCUUGGGCUGACCGAAAGAAUUAGUUGGAUACCAUCCAAUUAUUGUAGCUUUUCUAAAUUAUUAAUUUGCAUACCAACCACUAUCCAAGUAGUUCACAGUGGAUGCUUUUAUUUUUGUAACUACCCUAUACAACAGGUUAAACUGAGAGAUAGGUUGACUUGCCUAAGUCUGGUAAGGCUACUGGAAAAGAAGAGACAUGCCAGCCAAUUUAGGAAAAUACACAAUACCUUAAUGGAAGUUGGAUGCCGACCGCUCAGGGGUCACAUAACUAGUUAGCAUGCCAGAGUCUCGAUAACGAACGAGACUCUGGCAUGCUAACUAGUUAUGCGACCCCCGAGCGGUUGGCAUCCAACUUCUUAGAGGGACAAGUGUUCAGCCACCCAAGAUUAAGCAAUACCUGAAUUAGGUAACUGAAACCUUAAAAAAUUAUGUAUUUGCUGCAUGUGGUUGGUUGGUAACCAGCUGAAAGAAACCUAAGCUGCAUAAUACCAAUUAAAUGUCACUAAAGUUCCUGAUGUUUCACGUUGGCUUAUUUUUCUUCAUUACCUAUGCAAAAAAUGCUUGCAGACUGAAGACAACUGGGAUGCAGAUUCUUGAUACCUGAGUUGUUAAAAAAUAAUUAUCAUUCAGCUCUCAAAGUGAGAACUAAAUCUAAAUGAAUUUCUGUCUUUCCCUAUGACUGCAUUUGCAGCUGAAUCAAAGCUGUAAAUUUGGAGCACCAGAAAACAUUGCUGCUGUUCACCCUGGGCAGUGUUUUCUUUGACUAUCACAGCUAAUGUGAUAAACGGAUGCAUUGUAGAUGUAUAUUUGCUUUUAGCAGUAAGAAGCUGUGAUUAUUAUGCAUUAAUUUGAUAAAUAAGGGCCAAAGACAACAUGUGUGCCUCGUUAUUACAGGCUUUGAAACAAUAAUCUGUGCAAAGUGUUGCAGUUUCUCUGGUAGUGUCAAAACAGUGUUAUUUCAAUUCAGGUGUUGUUAUUGUUUCAUAUGUUACUAUUGUUAUGCAUCUUUGUGCAUUUAUAUUGUAAACUGCCCUUUGAGCUUCAGAUGAAGGGCAGUAUAGAAAUUAAAAAAAAAUUAAAUGGAAUUGUUAACAUGAACCUGUACUUGUACCUAGGUUCUGUUGGUGCCACCAAUAUGAAUGAGCACAGUUCCCGUUCUCAUGCUAUCUUUACAAUUACAAUUGAGUGCAGUGAGAAGGGUGUUGAUGGGAAUAUACAUGUGCGCAUGGGCAAACUGCACUUAGUAGAUCUUGCGGUAAGUUGUUACAUUCAUUUCUUGUGGAGAAGUUGUUGCCUGCAUUUCUGAUGCAGCUGUCUUGGGCUAUCUUAACACGAGGGCUGAGAUACCAUCACAGGCAUCACAGGAGACCCUUCUUUCAGAGCCAUCUUGUGCAGGUACUCAAAAGCAAGUGUCUCUGUAUUAAGUGGUGCUUACCCACAAAGGAUUGCUGGCUCAAAGCAUUGGGACAACUUGGGCAAAUUCACCCAAGCUCAGUUGCAAGGAAGAAGAAGACCAUAACUUUGCAGGAAGAGUCUUAAAAGCUUUCACUAUGUAACUAUCAUUAAAACUGUGGAGGAUGAGAAUCUGUGGCAUGUUUUCUUCUGGGAAUUGAUUCUUGGUUUGUUGGGAAAAUGUAGUAGGUUCCCUUAGAUCAGUUGAAACUUCUGUGCACUAGCUGGACUUUUUCUGCCUACCAGUGUUUAAAAUACAGUGUUUGUUUCUGAAAAUCCUCAAAUACAAAAACAGUAUAUCUGGAACUUUAUUUGCCUUUUAGCUUGUGUGCCUUUUAUAACCCACAGCAAUCAUGAUCUGCCCCUCUGACUCUGCAAUAAUGAGGGCUAGGAAUGUUUUAUUUAAUAAAAAUGAUCCCACUGUUCCCUCUUCCUGCAGUGCAGUAGCUUUGUAAUACUUCUUUUUCUUCUUGUUUUCAAGUCUGGACCCCAAGGCAUUGCUUGUAGCAGUUGAUAUUUUAGGGAUGUCAUCUGCCCUGGGGUUCCUUGCAGUGUUUCUGGGGUACAGCUUUUGAGUCAGACACCAAGUAUGAACUUCUUGAUUAACUGAAGUUUCCCCUUUCCUCAUUUUAUUCAAAUGGGCAACCCUAGUCUUUCCUUUUCUAGCUGCUUUGCAGUGUUCUGUUCUUGUUUGCAGAAAAUGCUUGUGCUGGAAUUUUCCAUCCCUUCUAAAUUUCUCCUCUCUCUUUUUCAAGGGAUCAGAGAGGCAAGCAAAAACUGGAGCCACUGGACAACGACUAAAGGAAGCUACCAAAAUCAACCUUUCCCUCUCUACCCUUGGGAAUGUCAUUUCUGCAUUAGUGGAUGGAAAGAGCACUCAUGUGCCUUACCGGAACUCUAAACUGACUCGACUGCUACAGGAUUCCCUUGGAGGCAACUCUAAAACUAUGAUGGUAAUGACGAGAAUGUCACAUUCAGUUCCAUAAUGCUCUAGUGAGCCGACGCAACAGCUUGUUGUAAUAGCUGCUAUUGCUACUUUUCCUUUAUGCUGCAUUCUCCCAUGCUCCUUCCCAAGGAGUUUCCACACAGCACUUUCUCCCUGCUUCCCAUUUUGUCCUCACUAAGCAGGGAUUUCAGUUGGACAGCUUGUACAAUAUGCCACACCAGCCCUUAAUGGGAAUUUUUUUAAGUAUGUGUUUGUUUUGCUGCAAGAUUGUGUGUGGGAUUCAGUUAAGUUGUUGUAUACAUGGAGCAAUGUCCGCUAGUACAGCUGGAAUCCCCCCCCCCUUAUGUGCUCCCAUAUACCUUAAAUCUACUCUGGCUCAGGUUUGGGGGGCAUGUGGGGGAAGGAAAGGGGGAAGGAAAGUCUUGUUGCACAAGUAAGCCUCUGUCUGCAUGCAUGCCCUACUUAGCGCUACGUUGAAUUCCACCCUCUAUUUAUAAGUAAUAUAUACAAUAUGGGGUGUGUGUGUGAAGUUUUAGCUUUCCACGUUUGGGGUUUGGGUUAGCAUAAUUCUUGAAAGCAUGAUAAAGCAGGCAAAUACAUACAGAAACAUUUUUUUUUUAGCCUGGUGUGUUUAGUAUAAUGUAGGAAGUGUUACCAAUUGGUGAAGCAGACACGAACCACAUUGAUAAAUAACUUUAUAUAUUUCUAUGCAUUAAAGGAAAGGUGCUAGUUCAGGCGGUAGAGCAUGAAACUCUUAAUCUCAGGACCAUGGGUUCGAGCCCCAUGUUGGCAAAAGAUUCCUGCCUGUCUCUAACAGCCGGACAACAGAUAAUUUGGCCUUCUGUUAUGCUUUAGGCCGAGAUCUGUAGAGCAGCCCCAAGGCCAACAGACGACAAAACUUUCCCCUAAAUGUGAUCACUGUGCUGUGCAGUCCGUAGAAUUGACUUUGUUUUUCAUUGAACUGUAGUUUUCUAGGCUCUUGCUUCCACCCUGCUUCUUGUACAUAGCUUUAUUCUUCUUUCUUAGUGUGCCAACAUUGGUCCAGCAGACUACAAUUAUGACGAGACUAUCAGCACUCUGCGAUAUGCCAACCGUGCCAAGAACAUCAAGAAUAAGGCUAGAAUUAAUGAAGAUCCAAAGGAUGCUUUGCUUCGCCAAUUUCAAAAAGAAAUUGAAGAACUUAAGAAAAAGUUGGAGGAAGGUAACCUGCCAACUCUUUCCUACCAGUUCUAUUUCAAUAGAGAUUACAAGCAGGUAGUAGAAAUAGCACUGAGUGUCCAAAUUACCUUAAUAACUUUCCAAAAUGGCAGAGAAAUUCUGAUUGUUAAAAUGCUUAAAGAUUUUGAACCUGUCCUCAUAGGAGAGGAGUGGGGAACCUUUGGCCCUCCAGGUGUUGCUGAACUACAACUCCCAUCUGCCCUAGCGAGCAUGGACAAUGGCCAGGGGUGAUGGGAAUUGUAGUUUGGCAACAUGGAGGGCCAAAGGUUCCCCACACCUGCUGUGGGGUGUACAGAAUGACACCCCCUUUAAUUCUCACAACCUUUUGAGGUGGGUUAGUGAGAGUGAGCAACUGACCCCAAAGUCAUUGUAUUAGAACCCGAAUAUUCCCAAAUCUCAGUCAAGUACGUGAACCACUACAUCAUACUUGCUCUGAACUUCAAAUUAGUGCUUAAUUCCUUUCAGUAAAAUAUUACAUCUGCCCACUAGAUGGUACCUGGAGCUAAGAGUAGAUUGCCGGUCACUUGUUUUUCUUUGUUUAGGCUUGCCUGCAAUUAGUGUUUUACUUAUUUAACAAAAUUUAUACGCUGCUUGAUUGUAAAUAGAACCUAUAAGUGAUUUACACACAAAAAACCAUUAAAAUUGUUAAUAAAAAGUGUUUAAAAAGUAUUUUUUAUAAUUAAAAUUGACAGUUAAGCUAAAAGCAGAUAAAAGCACAUGUCAACUAUCACAUGUCUGGAUACAUUUGCCUAAACAAAAAUACUUUACCAGGCACUAAAAAUAAUAAUACAGAGGCUCCCAAACUGGUCUACAGACAACCAGUAGUCUAUGAGUUUCAUUCAAGUGGUCUAGUGAGCAGUAGCUGAAAAUGUAGCACACUAAUACUGAUUUCUAAUUAUAUUUUUAUUGCUUCUCUUAUAUUGUAUUUUAUAUUUUAUUAGUUCUAGGAAAUUCUAAUUGUAAUACAGUAAGAAACAAUGUAAUAAAUAAAAAGCAAUAGAAAUCACACAGCAUCUAGCACAGUUCAGUACAAUUGCUACAAUAGGUAGAAAAAUCAUUAAGUGGCUUGCCAAGAUUCUUUGAUAUUUUCACGUGGUCCACCCGGAGGAAAAGUCUGGAAACUACUGGAGGCACAGCAAAGGCACCUGCCUGAUGUCAAAGGAUACAGCAAAAUCAAUUUGAUAAAGACCAGGCCCACAUCCAGCUGCUAAUGGUAGUCUGUUUGGCAAAGUUUGCCAGGCUCCCUUGCAGUCUGAUUUUCUAGGAAGGGUGGGAAAGGAAAAUGGACAGAACUAGGGUGAGUUUUAAAUUAAGAUAAUGAAGUGUAUGGGUGCCUCGCUGAUGUAACAAUAAGCUGUAGCUGAGCGCUGACUGAAGAGUGUCUUUUUCCUGGAUAAGCCACUAAAAAAACACAAUAAUACUAUAGGGGAAGAGAUCUCUGGUUCUGAGACGAGUGGCUCUGAAGAUGAUGAUGAAGAUGAUGAUGGGGAGAUUGGAGAAGAUGGAGAAAAGCGGAAGAAGCGAAGAGGUAAGGUGCUGAAAAAAUAGCUGCAGUUCGCCUUUUAAUUAUCUGUAUUUUGCUGUAAUUAUCAUGGCUCUUUUAGAAGUGUUGGAAUUGCUUAUUUAAAAGAUAAAUGCUGUUUCUGCUUGCACAACACACUUGUGCUAGUUCUCUUGGAUAACAUGGCUCUUAAGUGACAGUAUGUUCAUAGUUCAGGAAUUCACAGGUAUUUGAGUUCUUGGUUGAUUUUUUUCUCAGCGAUUGUAACAGGGAGGGUGCAUGGGUAGUUAGAUAAUCUGGGUUGUAUGAAAUGCUAUAAACUGUCAAGGGUUGUGCAUAUCAAGGUGGUCACUGUCUUGUCUCAAUACUUUGGUGUGCUUAGUACAGGCUUUUUUAUUUUAGGAUAUACACUUGACUCUUGAAAAUACUACUGGAAAGCAAGCUCCACUGAACCAACAUGUUAGUGCCUGGAUUUUGAUUGUGUAGCUGGAGAGAUCUAGCUGUGAACAUAUUUGAUGUUCAGCCACAGUUGCUAAGGAGUUUGCUAUAUGGGCCUCUCUGUGUUUAUGGCAUGCUCAUUCCUAAAAAAAACCUUGCCACAUCUGCAGAUCUGUUGCAUCCUCCUGUUAUCUUCCUUUUGGGAAUGAGGGAGCCGUGGUGACGGGUCUUUUAAUCAUUUCUUUCUAAAGACAGUUGCCUUAUACUGAGAGACCCAUUGGGCCAUCUAGCUCAGCAUUGUGUGCACUGACUUGCAGCAGCUCUCCAGGGUGUGACUGAGGUCUAUCCCAAGCCUACUUGAACAUGCUAGGGAUUGAACCAGGGACCAUUGGUGUGCAAAGAAGAUGCUCUGCCAGAUUCUGUUUUCUCUGUAAAUAGAAAUCCAUAUAUUUUAUCCACCAAGAGAAACAACAUAAUCAUAAACCUGAAAUAAUUUCAUCCAUUCAAACCACAUGCAAAAUCAUGAUUUUAACACUGAGCCCCUACAGCACAUUUUUAAAUUAGUGUGAAAAGAAAAUUGAAGUUCAAUCCCAAGUUAUCAGCAUAACUUGAUGCAUUCUGUAAACUAAUUUCAGGCUUACAUGCAAGCAGAUUAGGCUAAAGUGAUGCUCCCAUCUAUACUUUUUACCUUUGGGCCAAAGAAGUAAAUAAUUAAAUUGAUUUAAACAUGAAUCAACUGAGUACUUUGAAGUUUUUCCAAACUUUUUCUUCUUGUUAAGUAAGCCUCUUGUAGCACCAAGGAUAUUGACCAGAUCCUCACGCUCAUGUGUUUCCUCACUGUGACACCCCAUGCUGGGAGGUCUUGCACUUAUUUGAACAUAUUUAAAACAUAUACAGCUGCAUAUUGGACCUGCCAGAGAACAGGGCAAGGAGAUUCUGUGGCUAACUGAAUGCAGAAUCUCUUGGUUGGAAUGUUGUUGUCUUCAUCAGUGUUGGGGAACCUAUGGUCCACAGGCCUAGUAGGGCAUGACAGUGGUCCUAAUUAAGACUUUAAAACUGUUUUCCCCAAGCCGCAUCCACCUGCCCAACACUUGACAUCAAGUGUGACAUCAGGUGUGGGACAGCUAAAGACAUGCUUGAAUUGGGGUACGCUAGGCAGUUUCCCAUUAGUAGUUUUCUAGUGCAGCCAAUGGGGCUGUGCUUAAUGCCCAUCAGCUGAUGGGUUUCUUCACCUUUGAAGGAGAUGAUCUCAGUGCCAGCUGGGAGGGCCCUGCCAGCAUUGAGCCAUGGAGGGUGGGGGAAGUAAAGAUCCACUUCACUUCCCAGCACCCAAUCUAUAUGUAUGAGCCUAAAUUUUCUUUAUCUUUACCAUGCAUGGCGGAGGGAGAGAAUGCCUGAACAGGCCUUGUGUUAUGUCUGUUUAAAUCAUGAGUGGCUCAAUGGGUCUAAACCCUUCCUGCAUUAAAAAAAUAAAUAGGUGUCUGCUCUGUUGACAUUCCUUCAGUGGGUUUCUGUUUUCUGCUUAGAUUGGUGUGUGUUUUUGUGCAACUAGUGUUCGUUUAUGGGUCUGAAAAGCUAGUAUUGCUAGAUGGUCUGUCUGAUCUGUGCUCUCAUUCUGAAACAGUGGGUAUUUAAUAAAAAUCCUGACAAUUUCCUUGAUCACAGUAAAGAGGAGCAGGCUUAUUUAUGGUCAUGCUGCCUCCAGAUUUGUUCCGGUUUCAGAGCAGUGUGCAGGCUUGUUGCAAGAUCUCUGAUCCUAUUCAGUUCUGAGCGGAAGAGUCACUCUCAUUUAGUAAUAACAACUGCUGGCUUUAUUCUUAUCCAAGCUGGUUUCUUAUUGUUGGGCAGCUAAGAUGAAACUAAAAUGUUUCUGAGGGUGAAGCUACCUGCCUAUGGCAUCAUAACAGUAAUUUUGAAGCUAGUUUUUCAAAAACUGCUUCAUUGCCCAUCCGUCACCCUGCUCCACUCAGCUGCCAGAGUUUUGUGGGAACAAAAAGGUUCUAAAGUAAGUGCUGGUGCUGUUUGAACCAAAUUAAGCACACAGCUUACCAGUUAUCCCUGUACAUGUGAAAACAUGCACAGCAAUUCAUGACAGGGAUUGGCAUGGGGAAGAUGGAUGUGAGGCUCAAAAUAAUGGUCCGAAGGAGGAAAUUAUUUAACCUGUUGGAUGGGAUAUGGUCCCUAUUACAUUCUUUCACAUUCUCAUGAUAUGUAAUUCAGAAGUGCAGUCCCCCUCCACAUGCUCAAUUCUUGACUUGAGGUUAAAUGUAAAUCUUGGCUGCAUCCCUUUGAGCCAUAGACCACGGGGUGCUACCACUCAGAUGUCUUUGAUCCAAUAUUAAAGGUCUGUGUCCUUUUCCUUCUUCCAGAUUGCUUCCUUGUUCAGUUUCCCAUUUAUCCAUUGCUAGUCACAGUUAAUAAGUGACCCAACACCAAAACUGUUUUAUUGAAAAACACCACGUUGACUGCCAGAAGAAGUGAGAGAGGCACACAUUCCCUGAGACCAAGGCAACUGUCAAUUGCCUCAGUUGAUUAUUAUUUUUUAUUUAAGCCACUAAGAUGACUUGGGUCAAUCAGUCAUGUGUAACACUGCAGCUGUACAUAGGAAGACGAUGAAAAUGGGAUUGUGCAACAUGAAACCAGUCUCUCUGAGCUUCUUGUCCUUUAGAGCUAAUGCUUAGCAUGUGUUCCUUUCAUCUUGUUUCUUCUUUCUUGGGUUUUCCAUGGGGCCUGCUUCUCUGUUUUCCAGGCAGUAGCAGCAGCAGUAGUUCAGACUCUACAUGCUCUGUCAUAGAGAAACCUCUGGAUAAAUCCUUCACUAGUGAGUGGGAGCUCUUUGGUCAUCCAGUGAAGUUUUGGCCUUUCCAUAACCUUUGCACUCUUUGUUUUGAUGCUGCAUUUUGCUCCCUGUCCACAACAUUGGUUUUGUUCAGAGUGAAAUGUGGAUUCUUCCCCACCCACCUACCCAAGUUAAAGCAUGUUUUUUUAUUCCCCUUUGCUGCUUCAAACUUCUUGUGGAGGGUGGUGGUGGGGAGAGAACUGUUUGAGAUUAAUCUUUGGCUAAAUAGCCGAGGACCGCAAGAAUGCAUGUUAGUACUGGUCAUAUAAGGUGGCAGGAAACGAGUGGAUUUUUUGGCAUUGGGUGAUGUUCUCUUAAAUCAUAGCUUUAUACUGAUAUACAGUCGUAUAUAUUUCAGUAGGAUGUUAACAAUCUUUCUCUAGAUAUAUAUAUUUUGGAAAAGUUGCUAAGCAAGUGUGCAUAGUUCUGUAAUCUUCCAGAAAACUGGCUAAACAAGGAAAAACUUCACACUCCUUUCCUGGGCCAAAAAGCUCUGCUUGCGCAGAGGCCACUUCCCAUCAGCCUCUACAAUAUGUGUUGGCAUUUCUCCUUCUGCACAUCAGAAGGAGUGACUGGGAAAUCCCUGCACCUGUAGGACUUACUGUGUAUCUUGGAGCUGCUAAGUUGCAGCAUUUAACUGUUGUGGGUAGACAUGUCAAUUUUGGUGCUGAUGAGGUAGAACAAGGUUCAAGGGGUUUUUAUUAGGCACUUUUCAUUAACAGCUGGAAACAAAUGAGCUGCAUCUUCUGCUUCUAACCACUGCUCUUAAUGACAACAGGAUGUUCUCAUUUGAAGAACACUUUCGGUCCGCAAAAUAACCUUGAGCUUGAAAGGAGCGUGUGGCAUAGAUUGGGUUUUCAGGUUUUAACAAAAACUAUUCUUCCCAUUCUGUGACUUCUUUCCCCCUUUCCUGUUCUUUGCAUGUUGCAUGUUUUCAUUGCAUUUGUUCCUUCUCCCCCAAUGCUACUACUUCUCUUUGAUGGCACCAGCUAAAAUUUGCCACUUUACCUCUGUGGAAGCACCUGAGUUUCUAGAAACAAAACUAUGCAACUCCCAGCUGAAAUUAACAUUGAAAUCUUAUGAACUCUCCUACAUGUGUGAUUGGUCAUGUGAGAUGCAACAGCCGAUUGGCAAUUUGCUCAAACGCCAAGUAAGCUUAACUGGACAUUUAUGGCAAUUGGCUACGUCAACAUGCUCUGGUUUUAACUGAGGGUAGUAGAUCACCCUCUUGGAUGUUUCUUAGAGCAUGAUCUUUGUGAGAGGCUUGCAGCUUGAACAGCAGAAUUUAGCAUAAUAUUGUUGAGAGAAACAAUGUUAUCCUCCAGUGUACUGAAGAUUAAUGAUACUCUUCAGUAUAAUUGGGGGCAGCGAUGAUCACAUUUAAUCUUGCAUUUUGGAGUUUUAAUUUGCUGGUUUUUCUUUUCUUUUUGUCUAUGGAAGCAUAUUUUGAUGAAUGCUUUUACUUAAGAUCUUGUUUCUUUUUUUCUUUUUGUAAAACAAAUCAAGCCAAUAAUGUGUUUCUUUUUUCCCUCCCCACCCACUUCCUUUGUGCGUGUGCUGCCUCUCUGCGAUUUGUUUGCCUCUUCCUCUUAAAAUGCAAGAUCAAUCAGGUUGGUGUGUUUGAUUUGCACUCCAUCUAAUACAGUUGAAACUGCUUAAUAUUUUGUUAAGAAUGCCUAGCUUUUUCUCUCAGACCUCCAUUCAAGAUGCCCCCAAAAUAUCUUAGACAGUGUUAAUGGAUCCAAUGCAGUUCUACGCUGACCUGUCACCACUUGAGCAAAGCUUUUCUGUGUGUGACAUUAUCCAAAUGUAGCUGUGGGAAAGAGCAAGGAUAGUCUAAGGGGUUUCCCCUUACAGCAGCAAUAAAACUGUUGCUCCUUUUCAAGAUAUAAUCAGUCUAGAUGUAUCCAGAUAGCCUAAGAUGUGGGGGCAAGAGAGGGGAGAGCAAAAUGGGGCAAACAAAGUAAUGAUUCUUUCCCCCCACCCUUCUUUUUCUUCCCUCGAAUCGCAGUGCAAAGAGUUUUCUUUUGGUUUUGCAAACCUGCUUUUAGCUUUUGUACCCCUUCUGUCAUGUUAAUUUUGUUCCUUCAUACAUAUAUCUUUUAUUUUUCUGUUAUUCUGACUAUAUACAUUCUAAUUAUUAGUUUUAAAGUGCUGGCCUCUUUAGGUACAUGUGGCUGUUGUGUGUCUUUUAAAGUAACUUCCAAAUUGAUUGAGUUACAGAAAACAUUCUGCAGUUAAUUUGAUAUACAACUGUCCUUUUCUAAAUCAGCAAUUUAUUCCCUAUGUUACAAUUCUUCAUUCCAGUCACUGAUUCUCAGCAGAUGAUUGUUAUGAUAAUUAUUUGGGUUUUUUAAAAUCACUCACGCCUCUAAAUAAAUUAGAAUUCUGUUAUAUGGCUGGAGGACAUUUUUGAGGGCAAAUGCUCCAGGGCAAAUAUUUUGAUAAAACUUUCAGCUCCUAGUAAAUAAUUAAAAAACAAUCACUAAGAUGGAGCAGGGCUAUCACCAGAGGGUUGUUCUUUCUCUCUCUUACAGUUGUGCAUUCCUGUAGCUUCUGAGUUAAUAGUAGCAGCUGUAGGCUCUUUAAUUCUUGUUAUAACUAAUCUAUUUUUUUUAAUGAUAAUUCACAUAUUGGGACUAUGUAUGUAUGUAUGUACAGUAUGUGCUUGAUUUAUUUAAACCUGCACUUGGCUCUCCUGAAAGGAAAGAAGAAAGUUUCUCCUGACAAGAUGAUAGAGAUGCAAGCGAAGAUUGAUGAAGAAAGGAAGGCUCUUGAAACAAAGCUUGAUAUGGAAGAGGAAGAAAGAAACAAGGCCCGGGCAGAGCUGGAGAAGCGGGAGAAAGACCUGCUUAAAGCACAGUGAGCAAUGCUGAAAUUGGAAUAGAAUCACGUUUGCCGUUUGUAUAGAAUUACAUGGUUGUAAUCCUGUGAAGCAAAUCGGUAUGAUUGUCGGGCUCAGGCUGAGAGAAAGUGGCCUGCCUAAGGCUCCAUCGUGAUUUUAUGGCAGGAGUGACAUUCAUAUCCAGGACUUCCUCUUCAUAGCUCAGUCUCUUAGGUGGCACAGCUCAUUGGUGAUAAGGGCAUGUUGAGAUUUGGUUUGAGAUGUGGUUGGGGGCAUUUCAAGUGCAUUUGGGAUCUUGGCAAGGUCCCCAAAGUGGGAGGAUUUGAACUGUAUGUACACGUGUGUACACACACACACACACACACACACACACUGCUUGCCUGGCAAGGUAUAGAAGUUAACUUAUGAAGCAUCUUGCUCACAGUGGCAAUAGACCAGGCAUGGCCAAACUCGGCCCUCCAGAUGUUUUGGGACUACAGCUCCCAUCAUCCCUAGCUAACGGGACCAGUGGUGAGGGAUGAUGGGAAUUGUAGUCCCAAAACAUCUGGAGGGCUGAGUUUGGCCAUACCUGCAAUAGACCCUGCCUUGCAACAGCUCAUUGACACUUUUGGCAUGCGUACUUUAUCAUGCACUCUGAAAACACCCCUUCUUUGGGAGACUUGCAUACUCCAAAGACCCCAAAUGUAACUGGAAUGCUCAUGCAUACACCCCACACAUACAGUUGCAUUUUUCAUAUUCCCCUUUUGUGAUUGUUCACAGGCUAAAGAAAGCUUUCUCUCUUCUUCUCCAUCCCACCCUCUACAGACUUUCAGGCCACGCAUUCCAAACAUGCAUUCCUUGCCUACAUGCAGUUCUCCAAUAUGUACAACUUCCCCCGCACCACACAUAUACUGUGGGGCUGUUCAGAUGUUAGUCUGUACCAAGGAGAGUUGACAGGGUUUAAUAAUGCCUCUGUUGUCUAAUGCUCUCCCCUGCCCCCACAGUUUGCACAGUUCUACAGAAGAUGCUAAAUAAAUAAAGAGAACUGGGAGUGGGGACAAGAUCUAGAACCUUCUGUCUUGCCCUCUUUGCAAACAUCUUGAGAGCACAGCAGGACAGUAAACUAACAGAGAUUUUUGAGAGAACAGGCUGAGACUCGUCUCCUUCUAGCAGCCCCUAGUGGAUUGAAAAGUAGGCCCUGUUCAGCCCAGCUAAAUUUAAGCAAACACGAGGAAACAGGCUUAAGUCUUCCUACAGUGGUUGCUUGUUUUCUUACAUUUAUUUAUUAGAUUUAAAGGAAACUGUUUGAGAUUUCGGGCAUGCAGUGUGUGGGCCCCGCAACUGAAGUUGGACAUCUGUAUGUAGCUUUAGAAUCUUUACGAUUCCCCCUCCCUUCCUGUUUUUAUCCAGGCAAGAACAUCAGUCUCUGCUGGAGAAGUUGUCAGCCUUGGAAAAGAAAGUGAUCGUGGGAGGUGUGGACUUACUGGCAAAAGCAGAGGAGCAGGAAAAGCUUCUAGAAGAAUCCAACAUGGAGCUGGAAGAGCGUAGGAAAAGAGCAGAGCAGCUCCGGAGGGAGCUUGAGGAGAAAGAGGUUGGAUCAAGCUCUUUGCUGCCCUGUUUGAUUGCUGUGUUUUGAAAAGGCAUUCACAGUACUUUUCUUUACCUGCAUGUUGUGCAUGUGCAGGCAAGACGAAGGCACAUUUGAAAUGAGAGGCAGUAGAUGGUAUCUCCGUUUGUAGAACAUGGUGAUCCCUGAAAGAUUAGAUAUCUUCCGCUUUAGUGUGCUAUCACACUUGCUCAAGAUAUGUGUUUCUGUUUGGUGUCUGAAAGAUUCCUGUCCAUGUUGAGGGAAUAAGCUUGUCCAGAUUACAAAUGAUUAGAGAGAAUUUGGCUCUAGGCCAGGGGAAGCUUUUCCCUCUACACGCCCUGGCUGUAGAACUGGGCCCAGAAACUAAAAUGUGCAGGAGCUCAGCAUGCAUCACUGCAAGAACUUCCGUAUAGGUAGCAGAUGCACUUGAGUGGGAGCCACAGAAAUGGCAUCAGAACUUUACAAAGGAAAAAAAGAAUAGUGGGUUAACUUCCAUAAAGGCCAUCCCAGUGAAGGGAAGGAUAGAGAGGAAUGGGAGUAAGAGAACAGCAAGCUGAAAGAAGGCUGCACAGGGCUUGAGGAGGUAGAAGCUGGAAACCUGGCAAUAAAGAAAGAGUGACACCUUUUUCUCUCCUUGGCUGCUUAAACAUCCUAUGGUCUUUUAAAUGGGUUUGUGGAAGGUGGUUAUUUGUUUGUUUUUGUUAUGCAUUUUGUGUUCUCAUUUUGUAUUUUUAUGCUAUAAACUGCUCUAUGAUGAAGAGCAGUAUACAAAUUUAAUAAAUAAUAAUAACAACAACUUGCCAGUAGAGACUUUUGAACCAAAGUGAUGGUGUGGGGACAAAAUGGAGGUGAGAUGGGGCUGUGAGGCAGCCGUUUACAUAGGAUCCCUACAUACACUUGUUAUGUGAAUCAUCCCCAAAAGCCAGGACUGAAUAGCACCCUCCCACCAGCACAUCAGUUUGGACAAUUCUGGCUAACUUGUGGCAUUUUUAAUAAUUUGCAAACAGCAAGAGCGUUUGGACAUUGAGGAAAAGUACACCAGUCUUCAGGAGGAAGCCCAAGGGAAGACCAAGAAGCUGAAAAAAGUCUGGACAAUGCUAAUGGCAGCCAAGUCAGAGGUCAGUGUCAUAAAGUCUUCACGCUUGUUCCCACGUAAAAGAACAGUACAACCCUGUUCCUGAGCCAUGUUGAAGGCAGAUAUGAACAUGCAAAUAGCCCUUGACCCUUGUACAAAGAAAAGGUGGUGUUGCUCACGUUGGGAGUAAGAAAGAACCACAGAAGGAAAUAGCAUGGAGUGUGUGAGAGUCAUAUGGCUGUUCCGGAAUAUUUGGUUAUUUAGUAAGUGGACACAUAUACUGUUAGUAUAUGCUAACAAUGCACACGUAUACAGGGUCAUCAGUGUGCAGUGUGCCUUACAUGAUAACGUAAGCAUUAAAAAAAAUCUUGGAAAGAGCUCACUUGAUUUUCCUUGCCAGCUGAGAUGAGGUUGGUGGGAACUGGGGAGAGGCCCUUCUCAGUGGUUAUGUCUCAUCUGUGGAAUGCUUUCCCCUGACUGGUACAAGAGUUACCACCCAUCUUUUUGUUUUAGAAGUCAAGUAAAACUUUUUUCUUCUCUCGGGUUUUUGAUGGUUUCAUUGACUUAUUUAAUGUUUUGUUAGCUUUUAAUUGUUUUUAUAAGUCUUAUGCUAUUACAUUGAUUUUAUUUCAGUUUAUUCUUCUUCUGCUUAAGUUUUAUUAUCCUCUGAGUGCCCCUUUAGUGAAAGUGCGCAGCACAACAAAAUGCUCUGCCAUUUGUAAGCCUCAAUAAUCAAUAGCUUAUAAAAAUGGCACCUGUUGAGCUAAUAACUUGAAAAUUGGCAUACAUGAUCAGCCUGAUGAGGUCUGUGAAUGAGCUGAAUUUCAAAUUGAUUCAAUAAAAAUUUCCACAGGAAAGCCAGCUUAAGCAAGCUGAAGAUGAACAUUUUUUAUUGCCAUGUUUAUUAUACCCAUAUAUCAUUUUUUAUUUUAUUUUUUACAAUUUUGAUUAAAACUACUGGUGGACUUUAUUCAGACUUGUCAAAGAAGAUGCACUUUCAUUGGUUUGGUGAAGUUCUGAGAAGCAGUUCAAAAGUAAUCUUUUUUUUUUUUAAGCCUAAGGCAGUAACUAAAUUUUGAAGUGAAAAUUUACCAGGGCUUCAGUGUUUGCUAAGGGAGCCACCUGGUGGAUAAUGUAAGCAAUGCCUGAUUCUCUAGCUAUGAGAUAUACAGCGGUACCUCCGGUUGCGGACGGGAUCCAUUCUGGAGCUCCAGUUGGAUCCUGAGGUUUCCACAAGUGGAGGGACCACUUCCGCGUGUGUGGCGAAACAUUUCCAGAUUUGUCAGUUUCACAACCCGAUGUUUACAUUACCCGAGGGUAACGUAAGCCAAGGUGCUACUGUAACAGAAUGGUGCAAUGGUUAGGUAAGGGAUUGUCAAUCUUUUUAGGCUUCUAGACACAUUUUGGAAAUGAGAAACUGUUGUGGGGGGUCACAACGCACAACCAUGUGUGUACGUCCCCCCAUGCCCCACUUAACACUGCAGCACCCUCCUACACACACUGACACAAAUGUACAUACACCUUGUGCUUACACCUCAGGAUGGCAAAGGGUGCUAGACGAGGGUCCCUCUGCAUAGUUCCUUCUCAAAAUUUCUCUAGCAAUACAGUAAGCUUGGAUGCUUUAUAAGACCAUAUGAGAUCCAGACAACAUGGGAAAUCUUCGUUGGUCCCUUCAUCCUCCCAAUCUGGCAUUGGGCCUGAAAGACCAAGGAAGUGAGCACUAUUUCUGUUGAUUUUGAAGAACAUUACCGUUUAUAGAGCACAUCUGUCAAGACAUCAGCAUAAGCUUCCACGCUUGGGUCAAUAUGAAAGAGCCUUAAUGCUGGUGCUAAACUGGCAUGCUUUUUGUUGAUCAAGUCAUUCCUGUUGGCUUCAUCAUUGUUUUCCUUAUUAUUCUGUGAGCUAAUUUGAAUGUCCUUUUAAUUGAAAGUGGCCAAGAAAUAAAUAAAAAGUAGGUUUCCUUAACUUCCCUAACCAGUAAUUUUCAUUUGCUGGAACUACCUUCCACCAAAUGGUUAGAAUGUGAAGAAAGAAUAAUGGAGAAGAUGAAAACAAAUUAAUGCUGGGUUGGGGCCUGUUCGUUUUUAAAACCACCAGAUGGAAGGGGCUUUGACAGGUAGAAGUUCAUUCUCUUAGAAUGAACUGAGCAUGAAAACACUCUUCAAGUAUGAUGCCAGGUUUGGCAUGGGAUGAUCACGAUUAUCUUUACACCGCAAGCUUUAUGUCUCUGGUUGAAUAUUCCAUUUCUUAGUGGAUGAUCCUGGUUGUAGCUUCCUGAUGGCUUGCUUUAUAAUUGGUAUUCAUAGAUGGCAGAUUUGCAACAAGAACAUCAGAGAGAAAUUGAAGGCUUAUUGGAGAACAUUCGACAGCUCAGCAGGGAGCUUCGUCUUCAAAUGCUUAUCAUUGACAACUUUAUACCUCAGGAUUAUCAGGUACAAUAAUUGAAGGAGCCUUGUAUUUGUUUUGAGAGAUUCAGCAAUAAUGACCCUGGAAGCGGCCUUUUUCACCCUCGGGACCAGUUGUUAUGUUAACAGAAGCUGUAUACUUGCACCUCCCUUAGCAUAGUUUCCCAAGCUGCCCUUGUUGUGUCUGAAUCUCAGACAGGGCCGGCUUACCCAUAGGUGCUAGGGGUGCAGAGCACCCGGGUGCCAGGCUCUCGGGGGCGUCAGAGUCCAGGGCCGAGAUUUGGAGUCCGGGGAUUGAAGAGCCAGGCCAGUCAACAGCCACUGCCGAGCGGAGCAGAGCCCUUCAGAGUGCCGCAGGCUUUUAUGUUGCGGACGCUGAGGCAGCUGGCCAGCUACGCCCUCCUGCGCGCCUGGGAUUGGCGGCCUGUCGAGAGGCCCGCCCAGCGCAUGCACGCAUGCUGCUCACAUGAGGCACACGGCUUCUCUCCCAAGCCUCUGUGGGGAUUGCUCUCCUCCCUUCACCCGCUGUGACAUGGGAGAGAGUUGCGUGCCCCCCAAAAAAGCUCAACAACUUGGGGGUGCUGGGCAGUUUUUUGCACCCCUGCGCCGCUAAAGAUGGCCCUGAUCUCAGAGGUCAUGCACCUGUGUUACUUUCCCCCCUUCUCUUCUGAUUUUUCUUUCAAGGAAAUGAUUGAAAACUACGUUCACUGGAAUGAAGAUAUUGGAGAAUGGCAGCUGGUACGUAAGCAUAGCUGCAAUGCAUGGGAACCCAGUGGUGGUCACCAGGGUGGUGGCAGCACAUACCUAGCCAUCUGUCACUGCACCUGUUGGUGUGGCUUACUGGGAAGUGGAAGGUCAGCAAGGUCCGUACAGUGCUAAACCACAGGCACAGCUACUCAGGGCUUCCAUCAAUGCAUUGGACUGCACCAACUUCAUCCCUUUCCAGUAAGCCACAGCAGCACUGGUGAUGGGAGGUCAGGUCAGCUCUAUUGCCUUGCCAGCUGCUACUGGGGCAACAAUAGGACAACCUGAAGGACCUUGAUCUUUUAUGUUAUACCCCCUUUAUUAUCAGGACUUCCCAUAUUGUGUUGCUAGACACAAAAGCAGUAACCUACCUGAGUCGAUUUUUCAUUAUCCAGUUUAGAAUACGCGGUCCGCUCUUUCCAUUAGAUGGAAUAUCUGUGUCUUAUAUCCGCUUGUGGAAUGCUUUCGUCAGGGAAGCUCACCUGGCGCCUUCGUUACAUAUCUUUAGGCACCAGGCAAAAACUCUUCUCUUCUCCCAGGCCUUUCCAAUCUAUGGCCUAUUUAAACAAAUUAUCUGUGUGGGGUGGGUGUUUUUAUAUUGUAAACGGCCCUAUGAACCUCAGAUGAAGGUUGGUAUAAAAAUGUAAUUAAUAAAAUAAAAUGAAUAAGCCCUGUCAACACUGACUUCACUGAUUUUGGUGCAUGGCCAGGAUUGCACCCUUAAAAUGCUUCUGGGCAAAUUGAGGACAAAACCUGCCUCUUUUCAAAUUGCCGAGAUUGCCCUCCUUGCGACAAAGGAAGCAAAAGACCCCUCCCAGCAGUGUGGUUACUUGGUGCAAUAUCUAUUUUCCUUCCUUAUCUUCUUUUUUCUUUUAAGAAAUGUGUGGCAUAUACCGGAAAUAAUAUGAGAAAACAGACUCCCGUGCCAGAUAAAAAGGAAAAAGAUGUAAGUGAUCCUUUGCAAAUGUAGGCUGCUGCAGUCCACACUUUUCCAGCUUUCUGCAUUUGCAUUUUUUUGUAUAAUUUCCUUCAACUUUGAUGCUGUACUUUGGUAUGACCCACAAAUGUCCACUCACAGUGUCUGUUUUACCCUCCUCAGCCCUUUGAGGUGGACCUUUCCCAUGUAUAUCUAGCUUAUACAGAAGAAAGCCUGAGACAGUCUUUGUUGAAACUAGAGAGACCAAGAACUUCCAAAGGCCGAUCAAGACCCAAAACUGGCAGAAGGUAAGGACUGCCAUAGGAUAUUGUGUUUUGCACCAUCUUGAAACUUUGUCAUCACCCUCUUUCUGUUCAAUGCCAAAUAAAAACUCAAUGAAUGCCCAUGUUGCAUGUCUGAAGCUGUCCUAAAAUUGCAAAUUUGGGUGUGUCCUUGCUGUGUGCAUACCAGGGCCAAAGGAUUCUGUUUGUGUAUGUUGUCAACAUUCACUCUGCUUGGGGAACCAGUGAAAGAUUAUAGAAGUGAAAUAAAUAAAAGUAGCUCUCAAAUGGAAUGUGGUUGCAAUUAGGAGAAUUGAAGCCACUGGCCACCCACAAGUUUACAAGUGGGCAAGCAUCUUUUCUCUCCCAAGAGGAUAUAUUUUUAGCCCAGGGCCAUACUGAACUUAAAGCUGUAUUUAGGGACAUUGCUUCCCUAAAAGUAUAUUAGAUUAAUCUACAACAAAUUAUACUCCCUGCCCCCAAACUCUCUGCUCUCCUUGCCAUUGAAUCCAUGGUUGCUAUUGAUUACCACAAAAUUUAGACAUGUUUAACAUGUUUUAAACAUUUUUAAAAACAUGUCAGUGUAAGCACCUUUUAAAUGUUUCGUUGUGACCAUGCACAUACCUUAAAUGAGGGCAUCUUAGCUUCCUCCUGAAAUCAGCCUGGUUUCUUGAUUUUGUUGUCUGUUAUGUGCACUUUGAUUUGACAGCAUUAAUUUCUCUUCAUAUAACUUUCUUUCUCCUCUCCCAACAGAAAACGUUCUGCCAAAUCAGGCGCUGUGAUCGAGUCAUUGCUUCAGUAGACUCUGACAGUGGUGGGACUGCAAUAAAGAUUAGCAUGUGGCUUAAUACUUGGCCCAAAUAUGCAGAUUCUCGUUUCUGGAGAUCGCAGAAGAGUUUUGAUGUUUGGUUGACACAGAAGUAGCUAUAAAGGGCUACACUUGUGUCUUGGAGACAACAAGAAAUACAUUUGUUUCCCUUGAUUUGCUUUUAUGUCAUCUGUUACAUGUAUAUUAUGUUCAAUCUAAACUAGAUUGUGACUGUAAAUUUGUCAAUGUUACUAAUCCUGCUUCGGGCAGUAUGCAGGUGAAGCUGUUGAGGAUAUGUGGUGUGUUUAAAAUGAACUGAAUUGACUGGAAAAGGUUUUGUGUGUGACUGAAUUAUAACCAGGAUUCCACAUCCUGAUAGACCUGUUUUGCUUCCAUUUGCCUCUUGUGUUGUUCUGCCUUUGCGCCACUGCAGACUUAUUCUGGUAGCUGCAAGUUCUUGGGAUGCUCUGAAUCCCCUUCUGUCUUAAGUAUCCCCUACCACAUAUGUGCAAAUAACUUAUUAAUUUCUUCAGCAUGUACUUCAUGUGCAUAGACUUUUCUCCCUAUUGUUAUACAAAGAUGGACUGUUGUAGACCUUAGGUGGUGAUGGGACGUGUUUUGGUUCAGAGAGUAAAGACUGAGAAAUCCUUUAGACUGAAGUUGCAGCAUGCAUUCUACAUCAAGUGCCCACCACCUGAUUAUUUCCCCCAGCACUUGCAUCAGUUACUAACACUACUCGUUCUCCCUACCUGACGCCAUUUCUAGUCUGAAUGGACAUUGUCAUCUCUCACUCUUUUUACUGUUGAAUCUUUCAUCCCCCUUAAAUUAGGUUGUGAUGACUUUCAGUGAGAACAGUUGCUGUUGGAUAGCUGUGGCAGUCUGAACUGAAAAAUGAAAUCCUGUGACAUUAUUAUAGAAGGGGCUCUCAUAAAUAGUCUUAAAUGUAGUAUCGUGAACAAAACAUACUAGGUUUUUCUUGCAUUCGUGAACCUAAAUCAUCUGGCCAAACUGGUUUUUGGAUAAAGCAGCUGAGUCUGGGAACGUUUUAGAAAGCCACCUUGGGCUUCAUCCCUUCAGUGUUUCAGUGGAGGAACAAUAAAUGUUGUGAAGAAUGUCAUGAACUGCUCCAUUGCCAGUUACCAAGUGAUGAUUUACAGGGUGUUUACGCAAUGGUAGUGUCAGCAGGUUGGUGCAUUCUUACCCUCUCUUUAGUUGUACAGUGGUACUUCGUUUAGGGUCCAUUUUGUCCACAGCAAACCCGGAAGUACCGGAACAGGUUACUUCUGGGUUUGCCGCACGCGCAGAAGCGCUAAAUUGCGCUUUGUGCAUGCGCAGAGUGGCGCUUUGUCGAGCGUCCCUUUCGUCAAGCAUCCGGGGCUCCGGAACAGAUCCUGGACACAAAAGGAGGUACGACUGUACUUGUUUUGAGUUUAAAAGAAAAGUUUUUCCUUGUUCAUCAUUCCAGAUAUUUAGUUGGCACCAGGUUAUUUUUCCAAUCUCUUAUUUAUGAAGUGGUGCCACUACCAUACACAAUAUUAUGUGUUAAUAUUGUUUCUUUUGUAACUAUAUUGUGUGACAACUGCUGGAGAUGUCUGUUACUGUAUGUAUUUUGUAAGUCUUUAAAUUAAACAUGACACUAACUGUGCGACUUGUAUUCUGAAAAAUGUGUUGGUUGUUGUGAAAUACUCUGAUGCUCAAAAUAAUAAUAAUAAUUUGUCAUAACAGGAUUUGCGAUUGGACACUCUUGAGUCUUACUGAUUGUGCUAAAUUGCUAUAGGCUGUAUUGCUCACACACACAUGAAAACUACUGACAAUUUCAGCUAAAUGUCAGCUGUAGGAAAAAUUUAGUAUGAAUAUGGAACGCAAACUUGGAUUAAAAAAAAUGGAAAUGGGGAAAGACGAGUUUUUUGUUCAUAGUUUGGUUCAACCCACUUAUAUAGGCAUAAGGAUUGGAGCUGAUUUGAUUCUUUUCGUACAUAAUGUAUUCCUAACUCUCUGCUGGAUUAGGAAUAGAUCAGUGGUUUCAUUUCUAAUCCAUACAUUGUUGUAAUGGUCAUUGCCAAAGGAAGGAAUCUCCACUCAAAUGCUCACCUGUCUGAUAGCCCACAGGUGAGUGACUCCACAAUUGUGGUGUUAUCAGAAGACGCACAUUGGGCAUGCAAAUUGUGUCUGAAAUACAGUGUGAUUGCAUCAUCUAAUGAAGAAAUGUGAUAGUUACAAUCAACCAAUUGGAACGCCAAUGCAUACAUUGACCUUUGAUUACUACUGAAACAUUUGUCUUUCUCUUGACUAGCUUUAGUUUUGGAGAUUUAAAAUUCCUGCUUGUCAAGAGGUAGGCAAAUUUCAAAUGUUGUCCCUUAAAAGUAAGUUUUAGGAGGAUCCUAGCAGACUUGACUCUUCAGUUUUUAAAAUAACAUUUUGUCGUAGUUGUGGGCACUGUUUUUAUAUAGCUUGGGCCAGUUCUUUAGUCUUAAAAUGCUAACAAAUCUAAAAUAGCACACAGGUUUUGUUUUGUUUUUCUCAAAAGUGGCAUUCCAGGUUAGACACAGCCUUAGGACCGUUUUGAACAAAGGAGCAAGAGACUCUUAACAGGAACUUCAGUGAAAGUUCACAGCACCACAGUACAGCGCUUCAUAGUCCUUUGUUGACUCACGCAAUGCAAGUCCAACCUUGCUUGUGCACACACAGAUGCCUCUCCAGCAGAGCAAUCGUCUUAAUUUAGGAAAAUUGGCCCAAAGCCUUUAAUUUUUUCCUUAGCUUCAGUUUCAGCAUCUGAAAUGGUGUCUGCAUGGGUUUUGUGGAGUCGUUUUCUUUAAUGACUUAACCGGUUCCUGGACUACAAGAACAGAAGGAGAUGUCUCGCUCCAUGCCUUUGGAAUUAGUUACCCUGUGUUCUUUACCAUUCUAGGAACUGCUUAUUAGUCAAUGCCAUCAAGUCUGUAUAUAAGGGCGUAAAUACCAGAUGUAAAAUUGGUCCCUAUUUAUUGUUUUGCUAACUUUUUUGAGAGUUAAAAUUUCUGGUUGCAUUGUGUACAAAGUGUGUUCCUUAUGUUGUAUAUAGUGACACAAUGUCUUGACAUUGAGCAUGUUGAUGCCUAGAAAUAAAAGAAUUGGAUUCCCGACA